GUGACGUCUAAGAAGCUGAGACAGUAUGAGCUGGACUGCCGAGCCUCUGACUGCUGCAAGCUUUCGCUCCAGGUGUGAGUUUCUUUAGUCUUUCUAGUUCACAUUAUGGGGGACAUUUACAAGUAUCCCGUUUUCUUCGAGUGUUCCAAUCUGAGCGCAGAGCAAAAGAAGAGGAUAGAAAACUAUUUCCAUAUUCGUCGCAAAUCGGGCGGCGGUGAGUGCGGCUCGGUGACGGACGUAAACGACAAAGUUUACAGCGUCGCGUUUAAGGAGCGAGAUGCUCAACAAAGAGUCCUGCAAAAAUCUCAGCAUGAGUUCAACUUUCCAGAUUGUACUCUGGUUCUGACUGUGAGAGACAGCCCAGGACCUCCUGUCGCUUCUCCCACAUCCCCCUCGUCUCCAGGCCAGCCAGUUAGCCCCAAACUGGAUGUAACCUCUUCACAGAAUCAGUCAUCUCCUGCAUCAAGCCUGACAGUCAGUGGUGAAGAAUACGAACCAUCUAUUGAUAGCUAUCUCCUCCGUUACUUAAGUGAAUGUCCAAAGGCUGGGAAAGAACUGGAGACAGAGCUUUUCUCUGUGGGCUGCAGUGCUCAGCUUUUCCCAGAUAAGAUUUUAGUUAGAAGAGAUCAACCAUGUGCUGCAGAUGUUAACUGGAAAGCUGAGGUAGACAAAGUUUUUGAUGGCUACCUGUCCCACUAUGAGGUGAAUGCUCGCAAUGUCAAAGCUUUGCUCCAGUCCUUGAACUCUCCAAAGACAACGGAUGAGGUGAAGGUGUACAGCGAGCUUGGGUUGACAGUGGUGGUUGGGAAACAGUCUAAGGUGAAUGCCAAGUUAUUGGAAGUCAAGAGCAUAAGAGGUAAACUUGGAUCAGCAUCAGGUGUGAGUGAGAAGCAAAACAGUAUUCGUCGACUGGGUGAGGCCAAACUCCGUCUCCUCUGGAGAGAGAUUGAGCAAGGUUUGGGAGAACAUUUUCCAGAGGUGAAAGCCACACAGGGUGAAGAAGGUCAGCUGACUUUGGCAGGUUCUGUGGAGGAGAUUCUUGAGGCUGGACAACUAGUAUCUGAUAAGGAGAAAUUGGUGUUAGAGCGCACAGUUUCUGACAAGAGCCCAUAUUUUUUCAGCUUCCUCAGAAAGGUAUAUGGAGGGCCAAGGGUGCUAGGGGAUUUUUUAGGUGUCGGUGACAAGGUGGAAAUAGAGUUAAGAGACACAGAGCUACUUUUCUUUGCACUCUCGGCUGGUAAACUGGAUGAUGCGGAAAAAAAACUGAAAGAAAAAUUCAAGGAUGUCAGGUUUGAAGUUCCGAACUGCUCCAUUGUGCCACUGGAGCUUCGGGAAAAACUUAAUUCCAAGACAAAUAAGAUGAAUCAAGGGCAGUGUAGGGCUCAAGUUGUGUUUACCUCAGACACAAUUGUGUACUUGGUGGGCCACAGCAAUGAGGUUGAAGAGCUGAGCGACAUUGUCACACAGUUUAUUUUGGACCAGGCAAGUGUAGAAGGACGCAUCCCUCUCCCUUUCCCAGAGUUGCUAGAACUCUUACCAGACCUGUUGCAGCUGUUUAAGUGUGACUCUUCAGAGGUUACCUUACAUCCUUUAACAUCUUCCUCUAGACCAGUGGUGCUACUGGAAGGCCCAUCUGGAAAAGUGACUGAGUUUAGGAAUAAGCUGGGUCCACUUCUUCAGUCCCUUGUUAGGGACAGAGUCAGCAUUAGCAUGCCAGGGGCAGCAAGGUUUUUUGAAGGUCUCGCUGGAAGAAACACUCUCCUAAGUGUUGGUCAAUCCUACAAGUGUCUCAUACAGCUUGAAGAACAGAAUCAUGUUAGUAGACAAAAUUCAGGAGUUACCAAAUACAACCUUUGCGAUGGGCUCCAGGUGUUGGUCUGUCAGGGUGACAUCACCACACAACGGGCUGAUGCCCUGGUGAAUGCUGCUAAUGAAGAUCUGGAUCAUGGUGGUGGUGUGGCUGCCGCAUUGAGUAAGGCAGGUGGUCCUCAGGUGCAGAUAGAGUGCAGAGCCAUGGUGAAGCAAACUGGAAAAAUCCCUACAGGUGAUGUGGUAGUGACCACCGGCGGAAACCUGAAAUGCAAGAAACUGCUGCAUGCAGUUGGGCCUGUUAAUGGAAAAUGUGGUGGCAAAGAGAGAAUGCUACUGGAAAAGACUGUCAGCUCUGCUCUGAAUUCAGCAGAAAUGAUGAAGCUUACAUCCAUAGCCAUGCCCUGUAUCAGCUCAGGAUUGUUCUGUGUUCCUCUUACUGUGUGCGCUGAGGCUAUUGCAACUGCUGUUAAAGAGUUUGGCAGUCAGGGAGGUCGAAGUCUGAGCAAAAUCAUCCUGAUAGAUAAGAAAGGAGAGGUGGUGAGGGCCAUGCGGGAUGCAUGUGACAGAAUUCUUCGAGGGACAAGUACCGAACUCCAGCCAAAUGCAUCUGGCCCAAAUACAGCGGGACAAGCCACUGCUGGUGCUACUGGGUGCUGCGUCCAAGUGGAGAUCGUUCAGGGAACACUAGAGAACCAACAGGUUGAUGUCCUCGUAUCUCCUAUGGUUGCCCAUGAUCCUGUCUCUUCCCGUGUUGGAAGUGUGCUGUCCAAUGUGAUUGGCCCUCAGAUGAUUGCAAAGUUUCAUCAGGAAGCAGGAGGUGCGACACUGCCUGGUGAAAUAGUGUUGGUGGAGAACUUACCUCCUCUGCAAUGCAAAGCAGUGGCCUUCCUCAACCUAAUUUCCUGGGACAACAAUCAAAAUGGAACAGCAGUCCAGGUGCUGAGACAGGGCAUCAGAAAAAUUCUGGCAUCCUGUCAGAUCAGAGGUUUUAGUUCAGUUGCCUUUCCUGUGCUCGGGACGGGUGCUGUCCUACAAUUUCCUCACAGCGUGGCAUCCAGGGUUCUUCUGGAGGAGGUUGGUGAAUUUGAAAAGAACAGAAUCAACAGUCCACCUUUCCUGGUCCGCAUUGUGAUUCAUCCUGGUGACAAAGAUUCAAGCAAGGCCUUCCAGUCUGUGCAGGGAAAUUUGCAUCUCAGAGGAUUCACAAGUGAUAUUAACCCAGAUCAAGAGUCCUUUUACCGCCAUGUCUCUGUGUCUGAUCAUGAGGUCACAGCCAUGGUGGGUGGAGUCAAAAUUCAGAUGCUCCGUGGAGACAUCUUAAAUGGGGGCACCGAUGUCAUUGUCAAUACUACUGAUUUCUCUCACUCUUCUGGUGUUUCCAAAGCCAUUGUGACUGCAGCAGGGCCAUCAGUCCAAGCAGAGUUAGCUCAAAGAAUUCCUUCAGACUGGAUGAUCACCACAGGGCCUGGAAUGCUGGGAUGUAAGGAAAUCAUCCACGCUGGCUUUAACUGUGAUCCUCAGUUGAUUCGCAAGUACUGCAAAAAGAUACUGGUGCACUGUGAGAACAAAGGCUACAACUCGGUGUCUUUCCCAGCCAUCAAUACUGGAGCGGGGGGUAUGCCCUGUGAUAAAGCUUGUAAAGCCAUGCUGGAUGGGAUGGCUUCAGCUAUUGCAAAGAUAAGACCAAGUUCUCUGUCACUCAUUCGCAUUGUCAUCAUGGAACAACCAGUCUUCCAGGCUUUCAGAAAAGAGCUGGAGAAUCGCUUUGGACAAAUAACUCCUUGCCAUAUCGGUCUGAGAGAAAAAGCCAAACAGAAGCUCAAGAAGUGGCAAAAGAAACAUUCAAAAUUCUUCCCUUCAAUGGCACCACAAGAAAAAACCUUUGCCUCUAAACCUCAGCCAGCUAUGAUACGUGUAAUAAGCUGUGAUCCAUACAUCACCAAGACCAUCCAAAGUGAGCUGGAGGGGAUCCUGCAGAAGCACCUGAUAAAGAGGGAAGUAGACAUGCAGGAAUUUUCAGCGCUUGAGCCCAUGGAGCUCGAGGCAGUGCAGGCAAAAAUCAAAGUCCUAGGAAUAAGCCUGGAGCACAAGAAACAUCAACAUAGCAAGAGCAGCCCUGGAAAUACAGUUGGACCUGAAGCUAGAGAUCAGAUGGGGUCAGGAAAGGACGUCUAUGUGCUGGAAGGCCUAAAAGAGGACAUUCUGAGUGUCACUGAGCUCAUAGGCAGAGCAACCCAAGAAGCACUUUAUAAAAACUUUCAAGAUAAAGAAGAAGCAAUAACAGCUCUAAAUGUGCAGUGGUCUUUGAAGGACGUAAAUGGAGCCUGGCAGGAGGUGAGUCUGCGUGACAACUACAUGUUGGAGUACGCUCAAACGCAGAACAAAAUCUUUGUUGACAUAGAUGCGCCAGAUGGCUCAAGAGUGACCGUAAACCUGAAGACAAAAGAAGCCACAAAUGGGGUGACAGGAAUGACAUACAAGCUAAAAAGGAUCGAGUCUGGAGCAUUGGAGAUGCCAAUUAAAUGGGAUCCUAUGAAGGAAGAAAUGUUCAUGAAGGUAGAACUGCAGCCUACCUCACAGGAAUACCGGGAAAUAGCCCAGGGUUUCCUGAAAACAGCCAAAUUCAACAUUUGCAAAAUUGAGCGUGUGCAAAACUUCUACCUGUGGAACGCCUACAGUGUGUGUAAGGAGCGUAUACUUGCCAAGAAUGGACCAGCAGAGCUAGGUGAGAAGACUCUCUACCACGGCACAUCAGCAGAGUCAUGCCAAUGCAUUGAACGGGACCGAUUUGACAGGGGUUAUGCAGGAAAAAAUGCUGCAAGGUAUGGAAAAGGCGUUUACUUUGCUGUCAAUGCAGCAUAUUCAGCUAAUGGAUUUUCCCCAGCAGACAAAUCAGGCUUAAAGAGGAUGUAUGUUGUUCGUGUCCUGACUGGCCGUUACACGGUCGGUAAGAGCAGCAUGAUUUCACCUCCUCCUCGAGGCUCAGAUCCCACUGACUGCUACGACAGUCUGGUGGACAACCAGCAGCAGCCCAGCAUGUUUGUGAUCUUCCAUGAUGACCAGGCCUACCCAGAAUACCUCAUUACCUUCAAGUGAGAAAGACUGAGGGAAGUCGUGCAUCAACACUGUGGGGUCAAAGAAAUGUACUAUACUGUAAAUGUUUCUACUCUGAAUUAAUGUUAGAUCUCGUUAUCUAGAUUUUGUCUUGAGCAAUGUAUCCCUGUAAUACAGAUGCAUGUUAAAGUAUAUCAAAACCAAGUAGUUAUUUAAAGUGGAUAAGACUUCAUCUCAGCUAACUGUGCAUAUUUGAGAGAUUUUUAAGAACGGUUGUGAGUCAUAACUUUGCCUCAUUUGCCCCCAACAGCCAUUAAGUUUCUACAUUACGUAGUUCUUGUGAUAUGAAAAAUGACUUUCACUUCUUUUGUUCUUUUUUUAAUACAAAUUUUCUUGAACAGAACUGCAAUCAUUUAUUUUAAAUAAAAUACAAAGUUUUAAGAUUUAAGAUUAUUUAUGUUUCGCAUUUCCCACAAUAAUUACAUAAUUACUUAGAAAUAGGUAAGGAUUAAGAACGUAAGAAAAUACUGUAUUUAUGAGACUUGGGGGGGGGAGGAGUUUAAUAUUAUCAUGGUUAUUAAAACAUCUUUAUUAGAUGGAGUACAUCUUUGUCAACCACAAAAAAAUACAACAUGUUCAGAAGAGAAAAUAGAGUGUACAAAAAAUGACACGUCACAUUUUUGUCUGAUGCCACUUCACAUUGGAAAAAGCAAAAAUCCACUGAAUGUGCAGUACUUAUUUCCAUUAUCACUGAUCUGUCGGUUUUCCCACAGACGAACAUUGACCUUGUCUCCAACUUGUAGCAUUAAGACUGCACUGUUUGAGCCACUGAUGGAAUGAGCCUGACUAUAACCAUACCAUGAUACAAUCUGGUUUCCAUUGUGGUACAGACUGCCACCACUGUUUCCAGUGUUUCUUCCCCACCAGAAAGAAGAAAAGGUGAAAUAAUAGACUCCUUGAACUGGUGCUGUAAAAUAUCCUGCAUCGAAAAUACAACCACACAAUAAGAGUAAUUAAUUAAAUGUCGCUCCUGCUGUACAGAACAAACAGAACAGAAAUACAUCUUAAAGAUUACAAAAAUGUCAGCAGCAGAAAAGGGGAAGGCAUGUGUGCACACACACACACACACACACGGCCACACUGCUUCCUUACCUGUUACUGGACUGUAGUGUCCUCCAACGUUGUACAGAACAUGUCUGUACACCAGAGGGUAAAGAAAAUUUGCUGGCCCAAUGGUUGUGCCUGUGGGUAAAGCAGCAGAAAAUGCAACCUGACGUUGCCCUAAAAACACCAGAAAAUAUUUUUUAGCUUGUUUCCUCCAAUAAAUGAAUGGGGGAAAAAAAAUCGGUUUUCAAAUCAUUUCAUAUUUUCAUUAUUAUACUAUAAAGUUGCAACCACUCCUAAGUGUUACAAUGCCAGAAUUGUUUAAACAGACAGUGACACCUCUUCUUUUUGUUAUUAAAACAACAGCAGUGAAGCUCACAAGUAUUGAAACCUUAUUGGAAGUUAUAAAGAAAUUAUAAUAAUAACAUCUGUAUUUCACCAGAUCUGGUUUGAGCCUUGGUUCGAUUAAUUCUGAGCUUUAGUAUUUAGUCAGUAUUUGUUUUAAAUCAGGGGAAAACAGAUAUAUUUCACCUCAAUUAACUUAGAAAUCAAUAAUUUCGGAGUGAGACAGGACAAAAAGAGAAGACAACCUUUAAUGACAUGGGCAUAUAAACACCUGCGGAAUGAUACGAGGAGAGUGGAAAAGAAUGGAAUGUCAUCCAGCAGCCUGAGCAUUAUUAACUAUAAUAACUAAGUAUAUAUUGUACUGUACCUGACACCUGAAACACAAAUUAGAAGCUGGUUCAAUAGGAGAGAGGCCUGAGAGCUGAAUGCUCUGCCUCCAAUUCUACUCACAAACUCUAAGAAACAUAAGUAAGUCUGCAGCCUGAUACUGAGUACUCUGUUCAGACAAUAUUGUGCUGUGAGUUCCUUUAGACACCUUGUAUGUGAGAAGGAUUUCAAAUUUAAUUCUAGGUUUUACAGGCUUCAAAUGAAGAGAAGCUAAAAUAGAAGAAAUCUGUCUGUCGGCACCAAACAUGCGAACCUCCUUAAUGCUUCAUUUUUCGCCUGCAAUGAGUUAAAUUUAGUAUUAUAACUAAAAUGCUUUUGUAACAACAAUCAUCAAAAAUGAGUAAGAAAAGACUAUUUUGUAAAACAGUUAUAAAAAGUUAUAUGACACAGUGACUGCACAGUUCAUUAUUUUUAUUCAUUCAUUAGUUCAUUCUUAUGAGAUAUUUUGUUACCUUCAUACAUUGUCCUGAGCUCAGUCAGUGUGCUGUUAAGUGCAGCCACCUUCCUCUCACUGGCUUCCAGCUUUCUGUUUGUUUCUUCAAGAGCUCUCACAGUGGCUUUCUGUCGUUCUUCUAGAGCCCCCAGUUCCUUCAGCACCAUAUAGAUGUUGGGUUCACAUAGUUGGUCAGUUGUUUUGUUUACCGUCCGAGUGGCUGGUGUUUCAGACCCUGGGUCAGCUGACACGUCGUUAUUGUUCUCUGCCUUAGUAUCUUCAUAUGAGAGCUCAGUGGUCAGGUUCUGAUUGAUUUGAUUCUGAUCACCCAUUUCCUCACAUUCAGAUAAACCAGCAAGUAAACAAAUAAGAAUAAUUACUGUCAAUCUCUCCAUUUUCCAGGUUAGAUGCUAUUUUUUAGAUCCCUGUGUUUUACUGAAGACCACAGUGUAAAGAACCUAUUUAUAAAAGGGUCUGGGUUAAUUAUUAGAAAUAAACUGAUAAAAAACAUCAUAUAAUCUUAUGACAAUGGAAUAAACUUUAACCUUUUUCCUUAUUGCCAGUUUGUUAUUCAGGACUGUUAUGAGUUAAAUAGAGCAUGGGAUAUGGAAAAUACCUACAUACAAAGUCAGCACAUUUAUCACACUCACCAGAUUACAAACAGAAAACGUGACUUUAUCUUUGACCUGCUUUUCACCUGCACGUGGGAUGGGAAUAGGGUUGUAGGGGAAGCAAGGGGUUGGGUAAAAGUAAUUUAAGAGAUAUGGAAACUAUGAUAACUGCAUGACCACAUUUUAGCUCCCCUUUGUUUUUGCUUAUUCCCAUGCAAAAUAUUAACUAUUAAAACCUUUUUUGUCUUGUGUAUGUGUUGUUUGAUGUAUGGACAUACUGCAAAUCAAUUUUCCAUUGUGGACAAUAAAGUUACCAUUGAUUAUUGACCAUU